UAUAUGCAUUUGUUUGAACAGUGUUGCUAAAAAAAUAUUAGUGCUUUUAAAUAUUUGAAAAAACACAAGAAAAAUGGCUGAUCAGACACCAAACGGUAAUGCCGAAGGUCAGGUCGGCCUCACUAUACCCACCAUCUCGGCGAGUUUAUCUAGCACAACCACCAGUCAACAGUAUAACGGACAUCCGCCAAAUGCAAACCAUAGUGCGCCCAAUGCGCUGGCCGAUCCCAAUCACCUGAGCACCGACGGUGGCAAUCCUGCGAGCCGUAAAAACUCUCGCCUCUCGCUGCGCGGCUUCGGACACUUUCUACGCAAGAAUUCGAGGCAGGAGGAUGAACGCAAAUUCAGUUUGGCGCAGCUAACCACAGAAGCAUUACCGAGAUUAGAUAAUUACAGAAUAUCAAAGAGGAACAUGAAGCGGCCAUCGAUUGGCGAACUGCAUGGCGAGCUGCAAGAACAGAGCAUCCAGAUGCCUGAGCCGCCGCCCGAAAGCAAUAGUCACAUGAUCAAAUUAGGUUGGAUUAAUGGCGUCGUCAUACCAUGCUUACUCAAUAUUUGGGGUGUCAUGUUGUUCCUGCGUCUCAGCUGGGUAGUCGCCGAGUCCGGUAUAAUGCAAUCACUAAUCAUUAUCGCCAUUUCGGCGGUGGUUUGUGUGAUCACUACACUCUCAUUAUCCGCAAUCAGCACCAAUGGUGAGGUGAAGGGAGGUGGUGUCUAUUUCAUCAUUUCACGCUCACUGGGUCCAGAGUUUGGUGCAUCGGUUGGUGUUGUCUUUGCAUUCGCGAAUGCCGUCGCUGCUUCCAUGAACACUAUCGGUUUCUGUGAUUCAUUAAACGACUUAUUGAAAAGUCAUGACCUCAAGAUUAUCGAUGGAGGCAUUAAUGAUGUUCGCAUCGUUGGCGUGUGUACGAUAGUGGUGUUGAUUCUUAUUUGCUGCAUAGGCAUGGAGUGGGAGUCGAAGGCUCAAAAUUUCUUGAUCGUCACCAUAGUUCUGGCUAUUUUCAAUUUUCUUAUUGGCGCUGCCCUCGGGCCACGUGGCGAUCAAGAAGCAAUCGCAAAAGGCUUUGUUGGCUUCUCUUGGAGUAAUUUCAAGGAAAACUUUGGCGGUGACUAUCGCUAUUCAGAGGGUGUUAAUCAGGAUUUCUUCAGUGUAUUUUCCAUUUACUUCCCCAGUGUGACCGGCAUACAAGCGGGUGCGAAUAUUUGCGGCGACUUAAAGGAUCCAGGUGCAGCCAUACCUAAGGGCACAUUUUGGGCUCUGAUGAUUUCAAUGGCUUCAUAUGCGCUUUUCGUUUUGUUCGCGGGCGGUGCAGCGGCACGAGAUGCCUCCGGUAAUGUAACCGAUUUGAUUAAUGGCACAUUAAUCAGUUCAGAAUUGGCGUGCAAAGAGGACUUGUCGUGCAAAUAUGGGCUGCACAACUCAUACUCUAUUAUGCAACUGAUGUCCAUUUGGGGUCCGCUUAUCUACGCCGGCUGCUUCGCUGCAACUUUGAGUACAGCUUUAACUAACAUACUUUCCGUGCCGCGCCUUGUUCAAGCCUUGGGAAUAGAUCGAAUUUACCCCGGUUUGAUUUUCUUUUCCAAGCCUUAUGGCAAACAUGGUGAGCCUUACCGUGGCUACGUGCUUACCUUCUUCAUAUCGGCAGGAUUCUUACUAAUCGGCCAGCUGAACGUAAUAGCUCCACUUAUAUCAAAUUUUUAUUUGGCUUCUUACGCCUUAAUUAACUUCUGCACAUUCCAUGCAUCAUUUGUAAAACCACUCGGCUGGCGACCAACAUUCAAAUAUUACAAUACAUGGCUAAGCUUAUUUGGAUUUAUACUUUGUAUCGCGAUUAUGUUCCUAAUCGAUUGGAAGUCUUCUCUCAUCACGUUAGUCAUUAUAUUUGCUCUGUACCUAAUCGUUAUGUAUCGCAAGCCAGAAGCUAACUGGGGCUCCUCAACACAAGAGCAACAAUAUAAAGCCACACUAACCGCCGUUCAUCGCCUGCAAAACGUCUCCGAUCACGUGAAAAAUUACCAUCCACAAAUACUGGUGCUCUCUGGCGAUCCCAGCAGUCGCCCACCGCUAAUUGAUUUCGGCAACAUGCUCACCAGACACAAUUCUCUAAUGUUUAUUGGCAAUGUUGUCCCGAUGAGUAUGAGCUACAAAAACCGUUUGAGUGUCAUAAAAGAUGGUCAGAAAUAUUUGGAUGCACGCAAAAUUAAGUCUUUCUAUAAUGUCAUCGAUGGCCUGUCCAUGGAAGAAGGCGUUAAUGCGCUAAUUAAAACCACUGGCUUUGGCAAAUUAACACCGAACAUCGUCUUGAUGGGCUACAAAACCGAUUGGGUGCAAUGUCGUCGACAGUGUGUGGAAAGCUACUUCAAUAUUUUAUACAAUACAUUUUCGCAGCGCAUGGGCGUGGUUAUACUGCGUCUACCGAAUGGUUUGGAAUUUUCCGAAUUAAACCCCGAAAUACCGAUAAAUGGCAGGCAUAUGCAUAAUGCCAACGAACUGGGCUACACGAAUGCCUUGAUGCCGCGCGCAAAUGCCGCUUCGGAAUUGCUGCAUGUGGACUCUAAUUUGAAUCUGGCUGGCGUUGACAGCACCAAUUCCUCAUUCGGAGUGACCAAUGUGCCAUCUAUGCCCAAUAUGACGACAAGUACACGCAAAUAUACAGUAAGUCAAGGUGACGGUAUAAAGUACUUAACGAAAGGUGGUUCCGAAGUACCGAAAGAUGUGCUCGACGCUGUGACGAUAUUCCUGCGUAAGCAGCCCAAGGGUACCAUAGACGUUUUCUGGCUUUACGAUGAUGGCGGUCUGACCAUGUUGCUGCCUUAUAUACUGUCGCUACGUUCAAAUUAUCAAAAUUGUAAGUUACGCGUAUUUGCAUUGAGUCAUGGCAAGGACGAGGUAAUGGAAGAGAAGAACAUGGCUAAUCUACUCAAGAAAUUCCGCAUCAAAUUUUCCGAGCUAAUAAUGCUUAAGGGACUGUCUACAAAACCGCGCAUGGACACGCUGGUUAAGCACAGACAGCUCAUACAAAGUUAUUGUCACAACUCCGUCAAUGAAAUGCGUCAUCUUGAAGAAGAGCUGCACACGUUAGAAGAGAAAACUYACCGUCAGCUGCGCAUACACGAAUUAGUUGUUGAGCACUCCUCAAAGGCGACACUCGUCGUUAUGUCGCUGCCUAUGCCGCGAAGGGAAGCGAUAUCAGCUGCGUUAUACAUGUCAUGGCUGGAGAUGCUUACCACCGAUAUUAAUUGUCCUGUAGUGUUGGCGCGUGGCAAUCAAACGCCUGUUUUGACAUUCUAUUCGUAGUUUUGAGUACAAAUACCCAAGGCGUUUUAUAAGCGAUUAAAACAAAAACAACCAACGCACUUAUUAACAUAUUUGUAUGUAUGUAUUACAUAUGUAUGUAUGGACAUUGAAGAGUAUAUUAAUUUUUUGCUUGUAGUAUUAUUAGUUUGUAAUUUGAUAAGCUCAGCCAAUGAAAAAAUAUUAAUGGAAUAUUGAAAAUAAAAAAUGUUACUAUUUUACAUCAACAAGGAAA